UCGUAAAACCCGUCUGAUCCAGCAAAUCGCGGCAUCUCCCCGGCCACCAGACACAGGCAUCGCCCGACCAACAACCUGCUAGCCAUGAGCUGGACCAUCUGCUAGUCGCCGCAUCUCCAGGCUUUUACUUGUUUGAUUUUCUUGCCGCCACGGGCUUCUUCCCUUCUCUUUUCGCUUUUCCUUUCUCCUAUCCCAUUCCAACGACAUUCCCGCGCCGUCAUCCGAGAUAACCGAAGCAACAUCCAAGCAACAACCCCAAAUUUCUUUAUCACAAUGUCGUACCUCCUCUACUCCGUCUGCUUCGCCCUGUUCGUCGCCGCCACAGCGCUCUUCUUCACGCGAUCCUGGUGGCUGCGUCACCUCCACGAAAUCCACCUCCCGGGGUCUGACUAUCUCUACUCCCGUCUGCCCUCAUCCUUUGCCGGCGACAUCGAAGCCGGCCUGUCGAGCAGCACAUUCGACCUCCACGGAAACAUCGAGGAUGGAGACGAGCGCGCCGGCCUGGACGAGGAGAGCAAGAUCGCCAUCCUCAAGAUCAUGAAGCGACGGCGCAUGAAGUUUGACCAGGCGCGCAAGGUCUACAUGGAGGAGCGCUUCAAGGCCAACGGCAUUGGGGCUGAUGGCCGGCCGAGGGAUCCCAAAUUUGUCAGCUUCUCAUGAAACAGCAAGACGCAUGAGUGACUACUUUUGGUGCCAGCGUUGACCUUGUCUUGAUGUGCUAUCUGGGCCGCUUACAACGACUUUACAACUUAUACAACCCGCUGAUUCUGGAAUAUCUCUCGCGCGGAUACAUCUCCUUAAACUUUUCUUGGUGCCUGGUCUUUUCCUUUCUCCAUCUUGUCGUUUUUCCACCUCUUCUUUAUUAUCCUGCGCUUGGUCGCAUAUAAGUCCACUCGUUAUCCACUCUCUUAUACUAUCCUUUUCUUUUUCUUAUUACUGCUUUGUCGACAGGCAGAAAAGCAAAACAUUGAAAAAAAAAAAAAAAAAAAAA